AUAAGGAAAUCCAGUUUUACACUUUUCCUGUAGUUUUGGAGUGAGAGUGGACAUUUAAUGCAUUUCUUUUAACUUGUCUGGAAAAAUCUGGAGAUUGAAUUUCUGAAAAAAAUCCAGUUUUGGAAAGCAUGGCUUCAAGCUCGACACUGGAUACAGGGAUGGUAUCGAACACUACGUCAGGUUUCUUAGGAGUGGAGGUUGAGAGUGGAUCCUCAGACCUGGCAUUGGUAAUUCUGGCCGUCUUUCUAGCGAUGCUUGUAACCUGCCUGAACUUGACUCUAAAUUCGCUGAUGCUUCUCGCAUUACGACGUGUGACGAGCUUGGAUCACACCACCAAGAUAUUCAUGGCUAGCCUGACGUUAUCGGAUCUUUGCACAGGAUUGUGUUCGAUUCUUCGCCUACCGGAAAUAGUCAGCGGUGCUUGGAUGCUGGGAGAUUUUGUCUGUGCUGCUCGCGACGCCUUACAAUACUUCUUUCAAACUCUCAGCAUUUUCUCUUUGUGUCUUCUCACGAUUGAUCGCUACAUUGCUAUCACUCGUCCUUUACAGUACCCAACGAUUAUGACAGUCUUCAGGUCAAAGGUCAUUGUAUGUUUAACGUGGACUUUUAGUACUGUCUGGGGCAUUUUAGUUUAUGGGGUGUUCGAUCGCAGCGUCGUCGUGAUGAAUGGUCUGACGUUGUGCGUUUGGCAGUCGUCCAAUUGGAGAGUCUACUUAAGCGUGGUGUUCCUGUUGCUUGUACUGUUUACCAUAUUUGGAUUGUAUGUUCACAUUUCCAUCAUCGCGCGUCGUCACGCGCGACGCAUCGCAGCCGAAAACCAAGCAGGCAACGGCGCAUUUGGUCACAGAAUACCGCAUCAAAUGAGUUUCCGACUGGCGACCACUGUCAUCAUCAUCACAGGAACACUUGUCGUAACCUGGCUCCCGUCCAUCGUCAGGAUUUCCAUUCAGACGUCACAAGAGGGCGCUGUGACUUAUAAUAGCUUCCUAAUCGGAACUCUCACAGACAUUUUGUUUCUAUCUAAUUGCUGGUUGAAUGUUGUCAUCUAUUAUCUACGCAAUAGGGAUUUACGACAAGCGUUACACAACCUGAUAUCGUCAUGGAAAUGCAAGUUAUGUUGCAAAUGCCUUCCAUAGCAUAUGAAGAUAACCCAGGCUUUCUUGGAUUGCAUUUGAUCGUAUUGCAAUCCAUAUUUAUGCAAAGAAUGUAAUGACUAGAACAAUCAACUUAUAUGAAUCAACACUUCACUGAAAUGCUGUAAAUGUAUCUCUGAUAUUUUAGUUUGACAGAGUUCUUUCUUGUACAUAAGAUGGAAUUGUGAUGGAAUCAGGGAGAUGUAAAUUCAAUACUGGGUU